GGGUAAUGGUUGCUUUCACGUGUGUUGCGGGAGAUGCUGGGUUCGGUCUUUUGGAAGGUCCGGAUGGGCUAAAGCCUCUGCCGCAGUCCUCAGGCCUUCUGAGUGGAGUUCUCUGCUACCCAUGAUGCUUAGAGAAACUUCAGUGAAAUGACUCUUCAAGAACUGGUGCAUCAGGCUGCCUCCAUUUAUUCAGAUAAAAUAGCUGUAUGUUUUGAUGAGUGUAACAGCCAGCCUCCAGUUUAUUAUACCUAUAAAACUGUGGUUACUGUUGCUUCAGAAUUAUCAAAUUUCCUACAAUUACACUGUGACUUUCAAGGAAUUCGGGAAGUUGGUCUCUACUGCCAUCCUGGGAUAAACUUACCCUCUUGGAUUUUAGGAAUUCUCCAAGUCCCUGCUGCUUAUGCUCCGGUUGAUCCAGAUUCACCACCAGCAUUAUCAACUCAUUUUAUGAAAAAAUGUAAUCUAAGUUAUAUUCUUGUUGAAAAACAGCAAAUUAAUAAAUUCAAAUCUUCCUACGAAACAUUAUUGAAUUAUGAUACACUUAAAGAACAUAAUGACCUAGUACUCUUCAGGCUUCACUGGAAAAAUGUUGAAGUGAGCUUGAUGCUAAAGGACAGAAAACAGAAAUAUGAAAAAGAAAAAAUGACAAACAGCACAAAUUCUGAGAACAGCAAUGAAGAAAAGUCAGAAGAGCACAUGGAUGCGAGGUUAAAGCAUUGCUUGGCCUAUGUUCUCCAUACAUCCGGCACUACGGGGAUACCUAAGAUUGUCAGAGUCCCUCAUGGAUGUAUAGUGCCAAACAUCCAACAUUUUCGGGUACUUUUUGAGGUCACACAGGAAGAUGUUUUGUUUCUUGCUUCACCUCUGACCUUUGAUCCUUCUGUUGUGGAAAUAUUUGUGGCUCUAUCAAGUGGUGCCUGUCUGCUUAUUGUACCAACUUCUGUCAAAGUGCUUCCAUCAAAAUUAGCUGCUGUUCUCUUUUCCCAUCACAGAGUAACUAUUUUACAGGCAACACCAACUUUGCUUAGAAGAUUUGGAUCUCAGCUUAUCAAGUCAACCGUUUUAUCAGCCAGUACUUCUCUUCGAGUAUUAGCCCUUGGCGGUGAAGCGUUUCCAUUAUUGACUGUUCUCAAAAGCUGGAGAGGAGUAGACAAUAAAACACAAAUAUUUAAUAUUUAUGGUAUCACAGAGGUAUCAAGUUGGGCAACUUUUUACAGGAUCCCAGAGAAGUUUCUUAAUUCUACUUUAAAAUGUGAGUUGCCGGUACCACUGGGAUUUCCACUGCUUGGAACAGUAGUUGAAGUCAGAGAUACUAAUGGUUUCACGAUUCAAGAGGGCCAUGGCCAAGUAUUUUUAGGUGGCAGAAACAGAGUAUGUUUUCUUGAUGAUGAAACGACCGUACCACUUGGCACAAUGCGAGCCACAGGAGAUUUGGUGACGGUGAAAGAUGGAGAGAUGUUUUUCUUGGGACGAAAGGACAGUCAGAUCAAACGACAUGGCAAACGUCUUAACAUUGAACUUGUGCAACAGGUUGCUGAAGGACUUCAGCAAGUGGAGUCUUGUGCAGUUACCUGGUAUAAUCAGGAAAAAUUAAUUCUGUUCGUGGUGUCCAAAAAUGAUUUAGUAAAGGAAUACAUCUUUAAAGAACUGCAGAAACAUCUUCCAAGUCACGCAAUCCCGGAUGAACUCUUGUUGAUUGAAUCUCUACCAUUUACAUCUCAUGGUAAAAUUGAUGUUUUGGAGUUAAACAAGAUAUAUUUAAACUAUUUAAACUUGAAAUCUGAGUGCAAACUCAAUGGAAAAGAGGAACUCUGGGAAAAAUUACAGUAUUUGUGGAAGUCGAUUCUGAAUCUCUCAGAAGAUCCUUUGAAGGUUCCCGAUGAGUCACUCUUCUUAAAUAGUGGUGGAGAUUCCUUAAAGUCCGUACGGUUCCUCAAUGAGAUUGAGAAACUAGUUGGCACAUCAGUGCCUGGGCUUCUGGAGAUUAUUCUAAGCAGUUCCAUUUUAGAGAUUUACAAUCACGUCCUUCAGAUAGUAUUUCCAGAUGAAGAUCUGGAAUUCAGCAAGAAUCAUGCCACGAAAAGAAAAUUCAGCGACAGUAACCAAGAAGAAACCAGUGGAAAAUCUUUACAUCAGAAAUCUGUCAUGACGUUAAGUUGUGACCAUGAACUAACUGCUUUUACUGCCGUGAGCAGAGGGAGUCAGAUUUUGUCACUGAAUACGAAGUCUUUCACUAGAUUAGGGCUUUGCUCUUCAGCCCAUUCUUCUGAUUUAAUUUCACCGACUAAUACUCAAAAUGUAAAAAGCUUAAAUCCUCCCGCUCUUCUUGGGAAGUCACAAGAUGCAUCUUGUGUUGCAGAAGUUUCUGAAGCAGGAACAUGUGUGGCAGCGGCCAAGAAAAUGGAGCUGCACGUGAGAUGGAGGUCAGACACCGGCAAAUGUGUGGAUGCUUCCCCGCUGGUCGUAAUCCCUGCUGUGGAGAAGCCCUCCCCAACCGUGUACGUGGGCUCUCAUUCUCACAGAAUGACGGCCCUUGACCUUCACUCUGGCAAGGUGAAGUGGGAGCAGAUUUUGGGAGACCGAAUUGAAUCCUCAGCGUGUGUAUCUAGGUGUGGAAACUUCAUUGUAGUGGGCUGUUAUAAUGGGUUAGUUUAUGUUCUGAAAAGUAAUAGUGGAGAAACACACUGGACGUUUCCUACGGAGGAUGCUGUCAAGAGCUCGGCCGCCGUGGAUCCCACCACAGGGCUCCUCUACGUCGGCUCUCACGACCAGCGCGCAUAUGCUCUGGAUAUUUAUGAAAAGAAGUGUGUUUGGAAGUUACAUUGUGGAGGAGCGGUCUUGUCUUCCCCUUGUUUGAGCCCGCUUCCCCGUCACUUAUACGUGGCUACACUUGGAGGACUUUUACUGGCUGUGAAUCCUGCCACUGGGAAGAGAGUUUGGAAACAUUCCUGUGGAAAACCACUCUUUUCUUCUCCACGGUGUGGCCUGCAGUAUGUUUGUAUUGGCUGUGUGGAUGGGAAUUUACUCUGCUUUACUCACUUUGGAGAACAGGUCUGGCAGUUCUCUACCAAUGAACCAAUCUUUUCAUCCCCAUGUACCUCCGCAUCAGAGCAAGAAAUAUUUUUUGGUUCCCACGAUUGCUUUAUCUACUGUUGUAAUAUGAAAGGUCAUCUCCAGUGGAAAUUUGAAACAACUUCACGGGUGUAUGCAACACCGUUUGCUUUCCAUCGCCAAGAAGGCAGCAGUGAAAUGUUGCUGGCAGCAGCAUCUACUGAUGGGAAGCUGUGGAUCUUGGACUCUAAGAGUGGACAACUGCAAAGCGUAUAUGAACUUCCGGGGGAAGUUUUCUCUUCUCCUGUGGUCUGGGAAUCCAUGCUUAUUAUUGGAUGUAGAAAUAAUUAUGUUUAUUGUCUGGAUUUGUUGGGUGGCUAUCAAAUCUAAUCAGACUCAGUUCUUAUUGGAUUAUCUGAGCUGUCUGAAAAUAUUAUAAAGUAUUUGGAUAGUCUUAUUUUUUACUAAAGAUUAUUUUUACCUAAGAAA